AUGGCUACCAUUGAAGAAAUCAAAGAGGUUGUAUUAAAACCCUAUACAAACCAUCGACAAUUGACCAUAAGGGAAGUGGAAACUAUAAGUAUCAAUUUAAUAGACUUAUUGAUUACAAAAGACGUGAAAGAUGCAAGGACGAUGAAAUACAUUUCAAGGUUCCUUACCAAACAGGAUUAUGCGGAUCUAGUCCAAGAAAGGAACUUGGUGAAGCGUUGUGGAUAUCCACUCUGUAGCAAAAGCCAGGCGAGAGUACGUGAUCCCUUCGCAGAUGUACAGAUGACCAAUUUCUUAAGACAAAAUAACCCAUAUGCAUACCUUACAGAAUACUGUACUAAGGCUCAUUUUAGAUGUUCACAGUUUUACCAGUUUCAGCUCUCAGACGAGGCUUUGUUUGCUAGGGUCGGUGUACAUCUUGACGAUUAUGAGCCACCUAGUGAGAUACAAUUGCUCGAAGAAGUACUAGCUAGAGAGUCUGAUGUUAAGCAGAUGAUUCGUGGUAUGACUGAUUUGAAACUCGCGGACGAUGAUAGUAGAGAGGAAAUGGAAAGGGAUAUCAGUGACAUGUUAGCUGAUAUUAAGAUCGUAGAGAUCAACGAGCCAAAUAUCAUUGGAGAUUUAGGACGAGAUAGAUGA